GGCAAGAACCCCCAAGUACUCAUUUUCUCCAUCUCUCUUUCUUUCAUAGUGUCUCUUAGUUCUCUCUCUCUCUCUCUUAUUGUUUUUCUGUGUGUAUCUAACACGAUUCUUUGUAAGGCAGAGAAGAAAUUAUGUGUCGUGUAAGGUGUUCCAAUUGCAGCAAAUUAUGCAACUGUGAAGUUUCUUACCUUAACUCAAUCAAUGACUCUGAGAACCCUACCAAUUCCAUCAUGCAUCAUCUCACUAACCCAUUGAUCCCUCAAGCCCCGACAUCCCAACAAUUCCACAAACCAACAAAACAAACUGCCAUUACCAAUACCAAUUCCAAUUCCCAUUUCUCCUUAGCCAUUCAAGAGGCUUUCUCCAUUUCUCAAAUCGCCUUCCCCAUGGUCCUCACCAGCCUCCUCCUCUACUCCCGCUCUCUCAUCUCCAUGCUCUUCCUUGGCCGCCUCGGCGAGCUCCCUCUCGCUGGCGGCUCCCUCGCUAUCGGCUUCGCCAACAUCACCGGCUACUCCAUUCUCUCCGGCCUCGCCAUCGGCAUGGAACCCAUCUGCGGUCAAGCCUUCGGUGCCAAAAAAUUCACCCUCCUCGGCCUCGCCUUACAGAGAACCAUCCUUCUUCUCUCUCUCGCCUCAAUCCCCAUUUCACUCCUUUGGUUCAAUGUCAAGAACAUCCUUCUCCUCUGUAAACAGGACCACUCCAUUGCCUCCCAAGCUCAACUCUUCCUUCUCUACUCUGUUCCUGAUCUCUUCGCCCAAUCCCUCAUCCACCCUCUUCGAAUUUACCUUCGCUCUCAAUCCAUAACGCUCCCUCUCACUUUCUGCGCUGCUUUUUCUAUUCUUCUCCAUAUACCCAUCAAUUAUCUCCUCGUUUCCUAUCUCGAUUUCGGUAUUCGAGGAGUUGCCAUAGCAGGGGUUUGGACCAAUUUCAACCUCGUUGCUUCUUUGAUCCUUUACAUAUUAAUUUUCCGCGUCCAUAAGGAUACAUGGGGAGGCUUCUCUCUUCAAUGCUUCAAAGAAUGGGGAGACCUUCUUAAUUUGGCAAUCCCAAGCUGCAUAUCUGUCUGUCUCGAGUGGUGGUGGUACGAGAUCAUGAUCCUCCUCUGUGGCCUACUGCUAAACCCCAAAGCCACCGUGGCUUCCAUGGGCAUUUUGAUUCAAACCACCGCAUUAAUUUACAUAUUCCCAUCUUCCCUCAGUUUCAGCGUCUCCACCAGGGUGGGGAACGAGUUGGGGGCAGAGCAGCCAAAGAAAGCGAAAUUAGCAGCCAUUGUGGGGUUGUCCUGUAGCUUCCUUCUAGGGAUUUGUGCUCUGUUUUUCGCAGUGUCCAUAAGGAAAAUUUGGGCCAGUAUGUUUACAGACGACAAAGAUAUCAUAGCAUUAACGUCGAUGGUGCUGCCCAUAAUAGGGCUGUGCGAGCUCGGAAACUGCCCGCAGACGACGGGGUGCGGCGUUUUGAGAGGGACGGCUAGGCCCAAAAUAGGGGCGAAUAUAAAUUUAGGGUGUUUUUAUUUGGUGGGGAUGCCGGUGGCGGUGGGACUAUCGUUUUACGGUGGGUUUGAUUUCAGGGGACUAUGGCUGGGACUGCUGGCGGCGCAGGGUUGCUGUGCGGCGGCGAUGCUGGUGGUUUUGGGAUUUACAGAUUGGGAGUUCGAAGCAAUUAGAGCUAGGAAACUAACUGGUGGUGGUGGUGAGGAGGAAGUGGUGGAAGCUGAAUCACUUGUGCCUAAAAACAAGCAAGAUUGCUGCUAAUUUUACAUAUUAUCAAAAUUAAAAUUUGUGACAUAGAUGAUGAAGCUGAUCACAAUAUCUGUUUAUCUCUUGUUUUUUUUUCCCUUCGGAAAAAAGAAUAUAUUAAUUUUUUUUUAAAGAUGUACAAAAGACAGAGGGAGAGAGAGGGGUUUUAUGAACAAUACGAUUUUGAUCA